CAGGUCAGGCUGACUAGGCUUGUUUCUGGAGUGUGAACAGCAAACACCCACCCUUCGCAGCUGCGGGAGCACCCAGUCCGGCCACGCAAGGACACCCUGCCUCCACCCAGCCUGUCCGUUCCAAGCCGCGGUGCAGACGCCUCCAGGCUCCCAGCCGCUGCAGCCAGGAUGGCCCAGGCCCCUGGGGACCCUGAUGAAAGAGGUACUCUCUUCCUUCCAAGCAAUAGUAGGCGCUCCCAGCGGGAUUUGCACCUUUCUUUCCAGCUCCUUUCCUUGGCUAGAUGACAGCAAUGAUAGCCGACAGUACCCCAAAGCCCUGUGGCCGCGGGAGUCGAGGGGACCCCAGGGUCUGCCCUGGGCACCUUGUAGCACCCUCUGCACACCUUUCAGGAGCCCCCGGGGGCAAGCCCAGAGCUGUUUCCGUUUUAUAGACGAGGUCACUGAGGCCCCGCAAGGGGGACCCCAGGCCGCAUGCUGACACUGGGGUCUGAACACCUGGCCUCACACUCAUUUUAAGAAACAACAGAAGUUGCUUUGAGAAGAGGCGGACGUGCAUGCCUGUGUCUCCUAGUACUGCAGAUAACACUUCACUCCUGGAAGAAAACCCAAGAAAAACGAGCCGUGUAUUCUAGAGAGCUUGUGGGCUGUGGGCUGUCGGCUGAGGGUGGUUUUACUUUUUGUUUUUUUUAAUUCUGUUAUCAUUUGCUGAUUUACUCCUCACUACAAUCUUCGAGGUAGCUGCUCUCAUCCCCAGUUCACAGAUGGACAAAGUGAGGCACAGAGAGAUCACACGGAUGGCAGAGAGGGGGCUCAAACCGCGGAAACCAGCCGUCAGAGAACAGAAAAGAGGACGAAUGGGGGACUGGGGAGGAGGGCCAGCAGUGUGCGCCCAGGGCCCCGGGCUGGUUCCCCGGUUUUUGUGGUGCUUCCACAAGGGGGACACGCAGGUACUUGUCACUCAGUGGCUGAAUUUAACUUCUCCCUCCUGGCUGUUCCUUUCCAACCUGUCGCUUACACCUCAUCCAUUUUACAACCUUCCUUUUACGGACACACCAGCCUGAAGACUCAGUGCAGGAGGCCAGCCAGCUCUAUGGGCUCGGCCCUCACUCUGAUCUCCGACCCCACGACCCCCCUCGGCUCCUUUGAGGUUAGGGGGUGGAGGAGGAGGGAGGGGAAGAGGCUCACCCAAGGGCAGGCUUUUCAAAAAUCAAAACUCUUUUCAAGACAAGGCAAAGCCAGGCUUGCUGUUGAUUGGAUGGGGAUCCCCGGCCGCCAGAGUGGUGAGUGAAGGGGUGGAUGCCCCCAGGCAUUCUAAAUGCACUUCACCUGCACCCAGCACGGAUGAAUGUGUCCUGAUCCCAGAGCGAGCCUCAGAGCCCAGCUGUAGAGUCAGCCAAUGGAUUACCCCUUCCCCCACUAGGGAAAAACCCAGAAGGCAAAGGAUCGGGCUGCUGCCCUGCCAAGGGGCCCCAGGUCUUCCCCAGAAGGACCCUGCCUUGCGUUUCCCGUGGGGUUCUUGGGGGCAGAGAUUUCCUGGCAAGAGGCUGGGCUGCCGCCCAUGGGGCUCCUUCCAGCUCCCCAGGCACUGUGUGCGCUCUGUUCUCGGCUUCCCAAAGAGCCGCAGGCUUGGGUUUGUGGGAGCCCGUCUGAGAGGAACAGGGGCCGUUCAGAGAGCUCCUUCUCCAGCCUCUGGGUCAUUAACCUCAGGUGGGGAAAUGGAGACCCAGGAGGAGCUGCCCAUACCCUGCCCUGCGUCAUCUGGGCAGACACCUGUCCUUGUGCUGGGCAGACCCACUCAGACACUCGUUCGUUCAAAUGCUGUUUCCCGAGCACCUACUCUGCUCCCAGCACUGUAGUAGACACCGAAGAUACUGCAGUGGACCCGGCAGUCACAGCAAGGGGGUCCUUGGAGACAUUCUGCCGGGGACCCCCACCCCCCCACAGCACCCCAAUCACUCGGGGCAUCUAUGAUGCUCCCCAAAAGAGAUGGUGUUUGAGUGAGACCUGGAGGUUGAGUAGAUGUUGGGCGGGUGGAGGGGGGGAGAGCGUUCCUGACAGAGGGAGCAAUGUGUGCAAAGGCCCAGGGCUGAGCGGGCUGGAAGGAGCACGGCCGGCUGGCACUUGGAGGGAAGCUCUGGCUGCCGAGGGGAGGGUGGGCUGGAGGGAUCCCGACUGUGGUCAGCGGAGCUGCUGCUGUCCAGGAGAUGACGAUGAAGAAUAGGAAGGCAGAGGCACAGAGGGGAGAAGAAGAGGUUCGAGAGAGAGCCAGGAACAAGGUUUCCAGGACUCUCUGUAACUGGGCACCAGGGAGAAAGAUCCGUUUCUGAGUGUCUUUAGCUUUCUGGCUUGGAAGAAUAGACGCACCACUGAUGUGGAUGGAGAGCCCACGAGGAGGGGCAGGUGCCGUAGGGAGGUGGGGACAGCAGGCCUCCCAGGAGGCACUUUGUCUCCCCCCAGUUCCUGCCCUCCUGCCCUCACUCUACCCCACCCCGCUACCCUCCCCUCCCUUCUGCUCUGAGGAUGUCUGAGGGCUGAGUGUCCCCCCCCCCCCCCCAAGCACUCACACCAGGCAGAGGACGCUCAGGAGGCUGGGGCACCUCCUCUGGUCACCAGGCUGUCCGGCCACGGUCAUUUCUGACCAGCGCAUGUGUCCCUCCCUGAACAGUGGUGUUGUUAGUGAAUGUCUGCUCAGGUCCCUGCCCCUCCAUCUGCCCUGGAGGCACCUCCCCUGCCCCCGAGCUUCCAGCCCAGGCUCCGUCGGGGGGGAGAUUCAGUCCCCUCUCUGCCCCUCUCUCCUUCUCCCAGACCUUGAGCAGAGGAUCCUGCAGGUGCUGAGGGAUGCUGGUUCCCCCAGGAAGUCUUGCCAGUUGGCAAAGGAAUGCCAAGUGCCCAAGAAGAAACUCAACCAGGUCCUCUACCGGAUGAAGGAAGAGUCCAAAGUCUCCCUGGAAGGCCAGGCGAUGUGGGGCCUGGGCAAGGGCAGGACUGAAGUGGAGCCCGCAGAGCUGGCCCAGCCCAGCCAGGCAGAGAGGCCCCAGCAAGGUGCAGUUACAGUUCCACAGGAAGCUGGCUCUCGGCUCACUCAACAGCAGGAAGACAUCUACAGGAUUCUGGAAGCCCAUGGGCCCUGUAAGGCCCUGACCAUCUCCCAGAAGCUGGGAAGGAAGACAGCAAAAGAAGUCAACCCAGACUUGUACGCUAUGAGGAGGAAGCAUCUUGUGGACUUGGAUGAGAAGUCAAGUACAUGGGCAAUUUAUCAACCAGAUUCGGGAGGAAGAAAUCUGGCCACUGAGAUUAUUUACCAGAAAAAUUUAAUCAACAUAAUCUGUCAGAAUGGACCAAAUAACCACAUUUCCAUUGACAACUCUGAAGCCAUCCAGAUUGGACAUGGGAAUGUCAUCAUGAGACAGGCGGCCUCUGGAGAGAAUAGCUCCAUGGCUCCCCUCGAACUCCCCCCAGUGGCGCCAGCUGAUCCCUCAACUCAGAGUUCCCCGGCUGCAGCCUGGGGACCCCAGGACAUCCACUUGGAGAAGUCUGUGCUCAGACGGGUACAGAUAGGACAUGGCAACAAGAUGAACCUCAACGGUGCCCAGGCCAAAGGCCCUGCAGCCUGCAACCCCUUGGGCAGCCCCCCAGCCUCUGCCACCGCUGAAGGCCCAGGAGCUUCGUUCGAAAUUCGAAUGCCCCAACCAGGAUCUUCCUCCAAGGAGGAGAUGGCCCAGAGAGUCCAUAUCAAUUCAUGCUUCCUUGAGGACAUUGCCAUCGGCAACAGCAACAGAAUGACUAUCAGCUCGGAGACAGCUGGUCCAGGAGGAGUUGCAAAGGAGGCAGGAGGGACCCUGGGGAGCCAAGCAAGGAUGGAGGAUCCUCCCUCUGAAGGUGCAGUGCCCGGAAGUCAGUCCCCUCACGACCGUGGCCAGGCCUCGCCCGACAAUGACGGCAUCUUGACCUUCAUCUCCCGCCUAGAAGCUCUGACUCUUGAAAGCAGGGAUCCCCGAGCUGCGGAAGACAGUGGCCGGGUGGACAGAAGCCCAGACGUGGACUCCCAGCGGCAGGUGGAGUCCAGAACAAACAGCUAGGCUCUCUCAGGAAGAGCAACACCAGUGAGCCCUUGGUAUUGCGCUUUCUGUGUUUCGUAAAUGUUGUUUUCCACCUUGUUGCCUCCUGACACAUGGCCGGUGAGAGUCAGCGUUCGGGCCGGGCCUGGCCUGGGGCGUGGCGAAGGCAUGUCUGUCCCAACUGCCUCCUUGGCCCGCCUUCCAUCAUGGCUGCCCAUUCUUCUCUCACUCAAGACCUGACUUCCUCAAGGCCCAUUGUGGCUGCCUGACCUCUUUCCCACCUGACCUUUCUAGAGCCGUCCUACCUCCACUUUGAUCUCUCAGGAUUUCUUAGCUGAACUUCCGGAGAACAAAUCCCUCCCCUCGAGGCCCCAGCAGAAGUCACUGGCCAGCCCACAGGUCAGGUGACCUCUGCUAGCCAACUGUCAGGGGAUGCUUGUCAUACACCAACGUGGUGCUUAUGGGCGGACUCAGUUCCCUCGGAAGGGUUGUGGGCACGGUGGCAUUUCCAGAACAAAGGAGUGGGGUGGGGUCUGGGGGACACUUGGGAAGGGACGAAGGGAGGAAGAUAGAGGAGGAUAGAGUGGUCAGCCAGGCAGGACCGUUGCGGAAGAGGACUCACAUCGUCCACUUGUUAUGUCCGUAACACACACACAGCUCCGUGCCCACUACCCCUCCCAGUGCCACACCCGCACCUCACUCUCUUUUGUGUUUCCUCCUCUGGACCAUGGAUGUCCAAUGCCCAGGAGCCAUGUUUCCUGCAGCUAGCGUCUGCCUUCGUGGAGGAAAGGCUGGCUCAUCACGGAGCCUCAGUAAAGAAUGUCAUUGA